AUGAGCGAGGCCGGGCCGGGGGCGAGGGGUCCCGUGAGCUUCGCCGAUGUGGCCGUGUACUUCUCCCCGGAGGAGUGGGGACGGCUGCGCCCCGCACAGAGGGCCCUGUACAGGGACGUCAUGUGGGAGACCUACGGCCACCUGGGCGCUCUGGGUUUCCCAGGCCCCAAACCCGCCCUCAUCUCCUGGAUAGAACAAGAGCCAGAGGUCUGGGGUCCGGAUGCCCGGGACCCCGAGGAGGAAAGGGAGACCCCGAGGGAAGAAUGCACAGCAGCAUCUGGAAAACAGAACAAGGAGAAGAGGUGGAGAGAAGAAACUGAAGAGUCUGUAAAGGAGGUUUUGCCAACUGAGUUACCACAUGCCUUCCACCAGGAUGACAGAGGCACACUCCACCAGUGUAUCUCCAAUCUGAAGAGGCCCUACCCUUGUCCUGAAUGUGGACGCCAUUUUGCAUUUCCUUCUCUACUGGACAGUCACCUGCGUGUGCACUCUGGAGAGCGUCCUUUUGGCUGUGCGCAAUGUGGGGCACGAUUUUCACAACGGAAGAAUCUCAUCCAACACCAACUCAUCCAUACAGGGGAGAAGCCCUUUCUGUGCCCAGACUGUGGAUGCUGUUUCCGGCAAAGUGGGUCCCUGGCUAUCCACCAGCGCACACACACAGGUGAAAAGCCCUACUCCUGUCCUGACUGUGGGCGCUGCUUUGCCUAUCCCUCCUUGCUUGGCAGCCACCUACGGGUGCAUACAGGGGAGCGACCCUAUGCCUGCACUCAUUGUGGAGCAAAAUUUUCCCAAAGGAAUAACCUUGUCCAGCACCAGCUCCUCCACACGGGUGAGAAGCCCUAUCCCUGUUCUGACUGUGGGCGAUGCUUCCGCCAGAGUGGAUCCCUGGCGAUCCACCGUCGGGCACACACAGGCGACAAACCAUACCCCUGUUCUGACUGUGGGCGCCGAUUUGCUUAUCCCUCCCUCUUGGUGAUCCACCAGCGAACCCACACAGGUGAGAAACCAUACUCCUGUCCUGACUGUGGGCGCUGCUUUGCCUAUCCCUCCCUACUGAAUCUUGUCCAGCACCAACUCAUCCACACGGGUGAGAAACCGUAUUCCUGUCCUGACUGUGGGCGCUGCUUUCGGCAGAGUGGCUCCCUGGCCAUCCAUCGACGUAAACACACAGGCGAGAAACCCUACCCUUGUCCUGAAUGUGGGGUCUGUUUCACCUAUUCCUCUCUACUGGUCAGCCACCGGCGAAUUCAUUCUGAUGAGCGUCCCUUCCCCUGCACGGAGUGUGGGAAGUGUUUUAAGCGGAAGUACGCUCUUGAAGCACACCAGUGGAUCCACCGGUCUGGCACUGAGAAGAGGCAGAGUGGGAGAGCUGCUGUACAGCCUCUUCCCCAGGCUUCUGUGAAUGGGGUCCAGGAGCCCCCAGUAUACUUCCGGUACUACCCAGAUAUACUCCAGGAGUGCGGGUGAUCAAGUCUUUGGGGAGGGAAACAUGAGAGAUCUCACAUCAGGUGGUCCCAGUCUUCUCCAUAAAGUCUAAGGCACGGCCAUGUGGUUGUUCCUCUGCGAGCAGAUGAUGGAAAGAUGUUAGAGG